GUGACUUCCAUAUAGUCGUCUGUCAUGGCGGGAUUCCUGAAGUGGAAAAAUGGACCUCUCUCCGAAAUAGUUUUUAUAAUUGUGCUUUUUUGUAUAUUAAGUACGCAACAAACCUCAGGAAGUAAGAUCAACAUAGUCAAUAUCAAAGAUGGCCAAGAGUCUGCCAAAACAGGGUCAAAUCACUACUGCUAUCUCAACCCCAUUGUCCCAGGUUGGAAGGAAACAUGGACAAGAAUCCAGGUUCGAGUAUGGAGCUCAAAACAGCUGAAGGUAACUGUUGUGGAGGAUGAGGAGAAGCUGCAGGAGCUAGAACAUUUCAGUGUCUGGGGUCUGGUGCAGUACCUAAUGCAUGAGCAGACCAAUGAAACCACCCUCAGCAUCAGCCUGUUCAGCCCAAAGACCUGCUUCAAGAUCAAACCCAUCGACCCUACAGCAAUAUACACUGUAAAGCCCACACGAAAGUUUGACAUUUUCCUAUUUGUGACAUUCUUGGCUGGAGUGCUGCUGUUCAUCUUUGCAGACUCGCUCAGCAGGAGUCAGGUAUUCUAUUACUCUGCUGGCAUGAGCACAGGUAUGAUUGCCUCCCUCAUCAUUCUCAUCUUCAUCAUGGCACGGUUUUUGCCAAAGAAAAGCCCAUUUUACGUGGUGAUAGUUGGUGGCUGGUCCUUCUCUGUUUACGUCAUCCAGCUUGUGUUCAGGAACCUGCAGCUGAUUCUGAAAGAGCACUGGCAUGUGGCUUUUGGCUAUGCUGCAGUGGUUGGUUUUAUCAGUUUUGCUGUGUGCUAUCGUCAUGGCCCUCUUGUGGAGGAGAGGAGUAUCAAUAUCCUGUCCUGGACGCUGCAGUUUUUUGGCCUGCUGCUGAUCUAUGCUGGUAUCCAGGUUCAGCAAGUGGCGUUGGCCACCAUCAUUGCUACAUUCUGCUCUAAGAACCUGGAGUACCCUGUUUCAUUGCUCCUUCUUGCAUGGCAUAAGGUCAAGCCAACUCUACGCUGGAAGCCAGAGCCUCGUCGACUGCUGACUGAAGAAGAGUUCCAGAAACAGGGGGAGGAGGAGACGCAACAUGCCCUGGAGGAGCUGAGAAAGUACUGCAGCAGUCCAGACUUCAGCACCUGGAAGACAGUCUCUCGACUUCAGUCCCCAAAAAGGUUUGCAGAUUUUGUGGAGGGCUCACCUCACCUGAUAUCAAAUGAGGUUUCUGUGCAUGCACAGGAAUAUGGAUCCUUCUUUGAGGAUGAUUUCUUUGAUACCGAUGAGGACCAUGAUGAGGAGAAUAUGGUGAACGGUUUGAAAAGAGGAGACCUUGGGUGGAAUGACAGAGACUUGUGAUGAUGCAUAGAUGGGUGUUUUUCCCUGUAGCAGCAAGGUUGAUGGAGCAAAGUGCUGACUGGCCUUUAACCCUCACAGCUCUCCUCCAACCCGAAGACAGGUGUUCAUGAAUCACCAGGAGAUAGUGGAAUCUUGCCAUUAGUAUGCCUGUGAGAAUGUCUUGCAUCCAAGUUGAGGCAUAGAUCCUACUGUAGAUUGCUGAUGGCAACCACCAGUUUUGUAAAUUGACACUUAAAGCCAGACCCUGAGUGCAAUGUACUGAACUGAAAAUGUAAAUCUAAUUCAUGUGGAGAACUCCCUCGAGUUAGGGGCAUAUUUAUAAAGUUUGGAUUUAUCCCAGUGUUUUAAUUUCAGCUGAGAAACUUGACCACAGGGGUAUACUACAAAGCAGGAUUAAUGAGGUAGCUAGCUAACCUUGAUAAACAAGCAGAAAUAACUAGAUUUUCGGUUUCAUUAAGAAAGCUAAGCUUGGGUACAGUAUGUGUUUUGGUUAUUGAGUCAAUUAGACAAUGCACAUUUCAUGCUAGUCUUUCUAAACAAAUAAAGUUAUAUCAGAAUAUUCUUGCAAAUCAGCUUGCUAAGUCAUUGGUCAUGCUUUGUUGUGUUACACUCCUCAGCAAGAGCAAGUUUAUGAAGAAUAAGAAUGUUUGGCAUUUCAUUUUCUGGGAGCAAUGACAGAACAUUAUUUUGUUAUCUUUCCUCAUUAGUAAAUUGCCAGGGCACAAUUUUGGAGAUGUUUUAAUGUAUAAAAAAAAAAUCUUUGGUCUUAUUGUUGAUGUGAAAUAACUGACUUUGCGUUGUGAAAAGCGUUGACGUAAAACAGGAAAUGAUUUCGUAGCUGACAUCUGUUGGGAAUAAGUUAGUGUACUGAGCAAAAAUAUAAAUGCAGCAACUAUAACAAUUUUACUGAGUUACAGUUCAUAUCAGGAAAUUUGUCAAUUGAAAUAAAUUCAUUAGCCCCUCAGCUAUGGAUUUCACAUGACUGGUCAGGGGUGCAGCCAUGGGUGGGCUGCUUGAGAGCCAGGCCCAGCCAAUCCGUAUGAGUUUUUCCCUACAAAUGGGAUAUAUUACGGACAGAAAUACACCUCAGUUUCAUCAGCUGUCCGGGUGGCUGGUCUCAGACAAUCCUGAAGUUGAAGGAGCCAGAUGUGGAGGUCCUGGGCUGGCGUGGUUACACGUGGUCUGCGGUUGUGAGGCCGAUUGGACAUACUGCUAGUCUCUAAAACAAUGUUGGAGGUGGCUUAUGGUAGAGGGAUCAGCAUUCAAUUCUCUGGCAACAACUCAGGUGGACAUUCCUGCAGUCAGCAUGCCAAUUGUACACUCCCUCAAAACAUCUGUGGUGUUGUGUGACAAAACUGCCCAUUUUAGAGUGGCCUUUUAUUGUCUCCUGUGUAGUGAUCAUGCUGUUUAAUGAGCUUCUUGAUAAGUCACACCUGUCAGGUGGAUGGAUUCUCUUGGCAAAGGAGAAAUGCUCACUAAAAGGGAUGGAACCAAAUUUGUACACAGAAUUUGAGAGAAAUAAGCUUUUUGUGCGUAUGGAAAAUUUCUGUGAUCUUUUAUUUCAGCUCAUGAAACAUGGGACCAACACUUUACAUGUUGCGUUUACAUAUUUGUUCAGUGUAUUUUGGUAUUUGAAGCAGCAUGUUUACAGCCAUUGAUUGAGUGUGUAUAUAUAUAUAUAUACACAUGUUUGUUUAAGGAUACCAUUUAUAUAUGUAAUGUUUAAGGAUAUCAUUGCAAGUAGUUUAAUCGUUCUUUGACGUGUGUGACACAUCACAUAUUGGUUGUUAGUUCUUUUUAACUUGAAUCUUUUUUCUUGUUUUAUUUGUACUGAGAUUUCUAGGUUUCAUACCACAAGCAUUGCCUUUAUUUUAUUUUUAUUUUAGACAAAACGUGUUGAAAUGGAUAAUAUUUUUAUACUAUGAGAUAUUGUACUUUAGUAUCCUGGCUGCAAUUCUGUAUUAUGUUGUGUAAUUUGUCUUGCAUAUACCUUUACAGAUCUGGGCCAAAGCUUCUCAGAGUAGGAGUGCUGAUCUAGGAUCAGGACCACUCUGUCCAUCUUGUUCUUUAUCAACUAAAAGGUUGAAACUGUAAAUAAUCAUGUGGAAGUUAAUAAAUUCAUGAUAUUGUAAAACGCCA